UAAAAAUGAGGAAUUCUUAAAAAUGCGCGGAGCUUUUUUCGGAGGAUUCGUGCGACUUCUCUUUGUUGUUGUUUUCUGUUAAAGCCAGAAAUUACGUUUACUUCUGCACGUUGGUGGUUCGGUAUUGUAUGUAAACGGAACCGAACCACAUCGUUUCCUCUCCUGUUUAUUCUUAGUUACCUGCUGACAGCUGGGAUGUUAAAAUUCGAGUGUUUUCCCCUGUUUAACGUUAGAGAAUAGCUAUAGCAGCCAGCUAGCUUACCUGGGCUGUGCGCGCGUGCAUGGUUCUGGAUAAACCAGCGUAAAUGGACCGGGUCUGAUACUUCCACACCAGCAUUUACCAGGACGUCACCCGGACUGUAGCUCAUUUGUCUCCCUUUUUCUCCGCUGUGGUUUGUUUGUUGACACUGAUUGAUGGCUGCGGUGCAGAGAAGCUAAACGUAGAGGUCAGUGUCUGCUGUGGGUUUACGUUUGGACUUAUUCUACCCAGGAGACUGUAGUAAUUUGUCCACAUAGUCAUCGUGGAAAAAUCGGCUUGUAGGACACUUGAAUCGUCUUUAUCUUGACUAGCUGUAGUUCUAAACCUGUCCUGACCUGAACUAAAGGGUUCUCUGCUGAGUCCAGAUGUAGUUUGUGACCCUCGCAAUCCUUUAGGACCACUGUCCUUCCUUCAUAUUCCAAAUGCUUCUCUGUUCCUAAACACCUGAUCUGAAGGCAGAACCUGGAGACGCUGAACGGUGUUACCAUCAUGACUCAGACGGUUCAGACCAAUGGUGUUCAAUCCCUCAGUAAGACCUGGGAGCUGAGUCUGUACGAACUACAGAGAACACCACAGGAGGCUAUAACGGAUGGAUUAGAGAUAGCUGUGUCUCCCCGGUCCUUGCACAGUGAACUUAUGUGUCCCAUCUGUCUGGACAUGCUGAAGAACACGAUGACUACCAAAGAAUGUCUGCACCGUUUCUGUGCUGAUUGCAUCAUCACAGCUUUGAGAUCCGGUAAUAAAGAGUGUCCGACCUGUCGUAAGAAGCUCGUUUCUAAGAGGUCACUGCGUCCAGAUCCAAAUUUUGAUGCCCUGAUUAGUAAGAUUUAUCCCAGUCGUGAUGAGUACGAAGCCCACCAGGAGAGAGUUUUGGCUCGCAUCAGCAAACACAACAAUCAGCAGGCCUUGUCCCACAGUAUAGAGGAGGGGCUGAAGAUACAGGCCAUGACCAGACUGCAGCGUGGGAAGAGACACACCAUCGAGAAUGGCAGCGGGGCAGAGGACAACGGAGACUCCUCCCACUGCAGCAAUGCGUCCGUCCACAGUAACCAGGAGGCAGGUCCCAGCAUCAAACGCACAAAGACAAGUGAUGACAGCGGUUUGGACAUGGACAACACCGCUGAGAACGGGGGUGCAGACUCGGUGAUCGAUGGAGGUGCCAGUGAAAUAGAGCUGGUGUUUAGACCUCAUCCCACCCUGAUGGAGAAGGACGACGGUCACAACAGUGUUGAGUUUGUUCCUCGCUACAUUAAGACAUCUGGCAACGCGACGGUGGACCACCUGUCUAAAUACCUGGCUGUCCGACUGGCUCUGGAAGAACUGAGAAGAAACGUGGAGGCCAAUCCCGUUAAUGUGGAGGCAGCGUCAGAGAAACAGUAUACCAUCUACAUCCCUACUGCUGGAAACCAGUUCACUGUUCUGAACGGGUCCUUCUCCCUGGAGCUGGUCAGUGAAAAGUACUGGAAGGUCAACAAACCCAUGGAGCUCUACUUCGCCCCCACUAAAGAACACAAGUAAACACAAGCAAACGUCAGUUCAUACAUACGUGAUGCAUACAUGUACACACUCAGCAGCUGGACAUGAACUGAUGGACUUGGCUACACAAGAGAAGAAGAAUGUGCGUCUGAUGAAGAUCAGGAGGUUUGACGACGGCCUCUGAUGAAAACGAACUAUUAUGUGUCUUUCUCUAGACAGUAGCAGACAGAAUGCACCUCGUGCCCGUGUAGAGCCUCUCCUGAAACCGGGUACACCCACCCAUCGUUUCAACCAGCUGUUUUCCAGGUUUAUAAAAAAAUAAAAACAAAAAUAAAAACCUGUUAUGGUUUUGUUCUCAGCAAAAGCCCUUCUGUGUUGUGAUGCUUACGGUGUGUCUGAACAUGGUAUCCCUGCAUGUCGCUGUGUGGUAAAGACCAUCUUUGUCUGAACAGUCCAGGAUCUGGAGGAUGUGUUUAAACGGGAAUGCUGCUGUGAUGCAGGAAGACGAAAGGAACACAAAACUCCAGAUUCGUGUUUUCUGACCCGACUCGGCUGGAGGAUGUGUCUGAGCUGCACGGGAGGAUCGAACCUUUAAGACUGAAUAAGGACGCUUCUGCUUCCUCGUGAAGUCCAUCAGACAUCUGUUACAGGAAAUUUGAACCUGAAUCCAAAUUCUGGGCUUGUUUAGCUGGAAAUCCCUCUGUCAUAUGAAUGUUUAACAUUGAUAUGAUUCAACACAAUAAUUGAGAUGUACAUAACACGACCCAUCAUGUUGUUGGUAAUGAUUAGGUUCUGAGACGGUUUCUAUUAUUUGUCUGAGUUAGGUGUCCUCUCUGUUGCCUGUAGAAAUGUAACAUCUGUGGCUGCUCUCACUUCUCAUUCUUUUAUAAAUGUUUUUGUAAUACCGA